AUGUAUAAGCUUUGCUGAUUGUUGCUCGGCCUCGUAACUUUUAUUUUGAAGGUGCCCACUUCGAGCUGGAAGUCUUUUAUUUUGUUCCUCGUGAUCACAGCCGAUGUGUGCGGAAGUUGCAUCCGGCACUAGUUGAAGAACAAGAAGGAAAGGAAGAACAAGAAUAAGAAAGGAGGACACGCUUCUUGUUCUUUUUCUUCUUGCUCACUCCCCAAGCCCCACAACCCCCCCCCCCGUGAUUUUCACCCGCAGAGCAACCGCCGCGUUGUGCGAAGCCUCCGCUAAUAUUUAGCCGACUUCAACGCUCCCCCGUCGGCCUCGGCGACUUGCGUGCGAUGGCGAGGCUCAGCCACAGCGACCACGUCCUUCAGCAGCUGAACAACCAGCGCGAGUGGGGCUUCCUGUGCGACUGCCUCAUCGCCAUCGGCGACAUCUACUUCCGGGCACACAAGGCCGUGCUGGCGGCCUGCAGCUCCUACUUCCGGAUGAUGUUCAUCCGCGAGCAGCAGGGGGCGGCGCGCCUGGACCUCAGCGACAUGCAGAUCAGCGCAGAGUGCUUCGACCUCAUUCUCCAGCUCAUGUAUCUCGGGCGCAUCGCGGCGGGCACCUUCGACUUCGAUGACCUCAAAGCGUCCAUGGUCUACCUGCAGAUGUACUACAUCCCGGACUCGCUGGACGACCUGCGCGACAUCCGCAGUGGCUCCAACCUGACGCCGUCCUCGUCCGAGUGCUCGACAGCAGCUGCGUCAUGCGGCAGGAAGAUGUUGUUUGGAGUGCGCAUGUAUGAGCGGAAGAGGGCGGCGGGUGCUCAAGAACCUGCCAAUGGUAUCAAAACUGUCAGCAGCUCUGCCAGGUACCCGGUGGGGCCACCCAUGAUCGAGGAGGCAUCAAGCACCCCCGUCUUCGGAGCGGCGCUCCCGAGCUCGGACGCUGGCCAUACAGCGGAGCAACCGUGCGAUCUGAGGAAGCGGAGUGGAGGAAGGAGCUCCACCCCGAGGGAACGCCCUCGCUUCGGCCGCACCUUCACUUGCGACGACUGUGGAUUCGUCUUCAGCUGCGAGAAGCUCCUCAUCGAGCACAUCCUUACCUGCACCAACCGCAAGACCUACGCAGCCGCCUGCAGCCUGGACGGUGACAACGACUCCGCCAAGGCAGAGAGCUCCGCUUCAGAAGACGGCACGGAAGACCACAGGAUGCUCGCCGACCUGCGCUCCGUGGCGGUGGGGCCAAACAACGAGGCGGUAUCUUCCUGCGUCAUUUCCAUCAAGACGGAACCCGGAGAUAGCCCGCACCCCAUGGACCAGGAGGUGGGGGGCGGUCCCGGAACAUGUGUUAAUUGGGGGCCGGGUGACGAGGACUGCGAGGAAGCGCCCGGGGUAUCCGGUGUGCAGAGCGAACAGUGCGAGAACGCCAUGUCAGGAAGUGACCCCUCUGCCACGUCGCCCGUCUUUUUCAAGGUGAAAGACGAGGAGAGCGCUGAGGGCACCCCGUGCGAAUUGUGCGGUGCGCUGCUGACCGAGGACGACAAGUCGGCCCACUACCUCUCCAGCCACUUGGGUCACAUCUGCGCCUGCGGACGCUGCGGCCAAGUGCUGAUCAAAGGCCACCAACUCCAGGAGCACGCCGAGCACUGCGGUGAGUCGGACGAGGCGGAUGAGCCUCACGGCGCCGACGACGGCCUCCUGGAGGGCGCCGACCUGGCUUGCCCUCACUGUGGCCUUCCCUUCGAGAGCGAGAGCCUGGCACUGGAGCACGCCCUCUCCUGUCCCCACGAGGCCGACCUGAUAAAGCCCGGCGGCCCUGACCACCGGCGCAAGCACUUCUGCGCCAUCUGCGGGAAAGGCUUCUACCAGCGCUGCCAUCUGCGUGAGCACUACACCGUGCACACCAAGGAAAAACAGUUCACCUGCCAGACGUGCGGCAAGCGCUUCCUGCGUGAGCGCCAGCUGCGGUUGCACACGGACAUGCACCGCGGUGUGGCGCGCUAUGUGUGUCCUGUAUGUGACCAGGGCACUUUCCUCAAGCAUGACCACGUGCGUCACAUGAUCUCGCAUCUGGCGGUGGGUGAGACCAUCUGCCAGGUGUGCUUUCAGAUCUUCCCGGGGGGUGAGCAGCUCGAGGAGCACAUGGAGGUGCACCUCUACGUUUGCGGCGUGUGCGGUGACAAGUUCCGCCUCCGAAAGGACAUGCGCACGCACUACAAUCUCAAGCAUGCCAAGAGGCUGUAGCACACGCAUGCAUAGCAUGGACGGACUUGGCAUGAGGAGGAAAUCUAAAGUGCUACAUUGACUUCACGAGUUGAAUUCGUUCAGUGGCCACGUUCAGAAAUCAUAUUCCUCAUAUCUUUACCCAUCAAAAUGAAUGGAGUUGUAGUUCAUUUGUGACAACCCCAACUAAAAAAUAUUUUAGUCUGUUUUUUUUGUAAGCCCGAAAAGACAAACUGUACUUAAAGGUCAGGUGUCAUCCCUAUUUUUCAUUCAAAAUCAGAUAUUGAAAUGAAAAAUACAUAUAACAUUAUUCACUUCAAUGUCUACACGAAAAAAUAAAUACGAGCGGAGAGCGCGUCAUCCAUUCGCAAAGUUGCGGAAGUGUCAUUCGACAUCCAAGUGGGCGCCACAUUGGCUGCAUUUACUGUCCGUGGCGUCACCCCCCGGACAUUCGCCCUUGAAAAGACGCUGUGGCCCCUACGGUGGGACACCCCCCUUCAGACACGGAAGCUCUUUUCGAAGAAAACAUCUCACAACCGAGUGAAGGGUCCAGAGCAAUCUUACCCUUUUGUUUCCAGCCGUAUUUAAAUGACAUGCGGAUCACGGUUAUUCCACCUCCGCGCGGCGGUGAUAAAAGCCCACUUCUGCGGCUCGGCCUUGUCGACAAGGCCGGUAGCGAUCCACAAGGCCUGCGUAGACUGUCCUUCAGCGGCCUUCGGAUGCGCACAUCGACACAUUUAGCACCCCUGAUUUACGGAUUACGCCCCGCCCAAACUAUUGUUUUUUUGGGGGGGGUUUUAAUAGUUGUAUACACACCUGCCUGUCCUCUGGACCCGUGCAAUCCAUUUUUCCCAACGAACCGGGUCUCUUGCAAACUUAUGAAGGGUAAAUCCAUCCUCCCGAGUGUUCCAGCAAUAUCCAGCAAUGCAACGAGCCGGCAUUUUAGCUAACACGAAGGAACAGCCGCAGGUAAAACUAAUAGAAACAAACGAGUCCGCUAGAGGGCGCUCCUACCCCGUAUGCCACUUCCUGCUUCUUCUCGAAAACAAAUCCCUCUAGAGCAGGGGUGUCAAACUCCCUUUGGUCUGCGGGCCGAAUACAGCUUAAUUUGAGGUCAAGCGGGCCGGACCAGUAAACUCAUUGCAAAAUUACAUAGAACUAACAAUAAGCCCACUUUUUUCCUUUGUAUUAGUCACUAAUACUAAUAAUUAGUGCAAAGAAUGAGUAAAUUAUCAAAAUGUUUAUGAACAGAAUUUUCCUUUUACAUUAUGAACAAUAUAUUAUGAACAAGAGAAUAACAUAAGAACAUCAAUAAAGUAUGUGCAAUUUUAACAACACUUUUACACAGUUAAACAUAUAUUUAAGUGUGUUGUACAUAAAACUGAUCACAGAAAUAGUAACAAUGUUCCAAAAACAUUUAGUACCAGCCUUGUGGAACUUAAAAACACUGUUUUUCAACAUCUGGAAAGCAAUUUGAACAAAUGAAUAACUUUCACAGCAAUUAUUCGUCUUGCUUGGAAUUUGCCCUUGAAACUUGACAUCGUUUAUCCUGCACAAGUGCAUCAAUAUGAGGCAUCAUGUCCUGAGAAGCAGCCAAUUUCAGAAUCUCAUUCAAAUGCUUAUGUGUGAGCUUUGAGCGCAGCUUUGUUUUAUGAAUGUUCAUUAGUGAGAAAACUUGCUCACAAAGGUAGGUUGUCCCAAACAUGGACAAUGUUUUAGCAGCUAGUGCUGUCAAUGCGGGAUAGCCUGGUAGGAGGUACUUGUCAAAUGUGUCCAAGCUUACAGAGGCAAAUCUGUCCUUCAGUUCUACAUCACACUUGCAAAUCAAUGAUUUCAAGUUGCAUGGCAACGGGCAAAUCAGAAGCUUUGACUGUGAAUGGUGAGCGAAAAACUGCAAAAUCUUUUCUCAAACUCCAUCAACAGCCCUGAAAUCUUCUCUUUGUACCGUUUCACGUCAGUAUUAACGCUUGGUGCGCACAUAUCUUUUAAACAGGGAAAAUGAGCAGGGUCACCGCUUGGCACCUGCGUCUCCCAUAACCCGAGCUUUAACUUGAAUGCACGUAUGCUGUCAUAAUACUGUGUUACGAUUUUUUUGCGUCCCUGCAACAUUUUGUUAAGAAUAUUCAAGUGCUCAGUGAUGUCAACCAUAAACGCAAGGUCCUGCAGCCACAGAUGGCACUGUAAUUCCUUAGCAGGUUGACCUUUUUUCUCCAUGAAUUUUCCGAUUUCAUCACGUAAAUCAAAGAAGCGCUUUAGCACAGCACCUCUGCUUAACCAUCGUACGUUCGUGUGAUAAGGCACACCAUGGAUAAUGUUACAGUCACUGAGAAAGCUGUCAAAUUGACGAUGAUUGAGACCUCUGGCUCGGAUGAAAUUAACAGUUCGGACAACCACCUCCAUGACGUGAUCCAUUCUUAGCGAAUUGCUGCAUAAUGCCUCCUGAUGCAAAAUGCAAUGAAAUGUCCAAAAAUUACCUCCCCCAUUUGCGGCUUGUACUUUAUCUCUGAACUUUGUCACAACACCUGCCUUUUUACCAAUCAUUGACGGCGCACCAUCGGUAGCCAGGCUUACGGCGCGUGACCGGUCCGCUCCGACUCUGUCCAGCGCUCCGACGACGGAGCUGAAAAUGUCCUCAGCUGUUGUGGUGUCGAUCGUCGGCGCCAGCUCGAGAAACUCCUCUGUGACAUUCAAAGUCUUGUCAACUCCACGAAUGAAUAUGGCCAGUUGAGCGACGUCCGUGAUAUCAGUACUCUCAUCAAUCGCAACAGAAAAUGCCACAAAUGACCCCACUUUGCGUUUUAGUUGGUGGUCCAAAUCUGCAGAGAGUUCCGAAAUCCUGUCUGCCACGGUAUUUCUUGUCAAGCUUAUAUUGGCGAAAGCAUGUCGCUUCUCAGGACACACAAUUUCAGCAGCCGUCAGCAAGCAGUUUUUGAUGAACUCUCCAUCACUGUACGGCUUUGAUGCCAUUGCUAUUUGGCUCGCUAUUAGCAUCACUGGCUUCUCGGCUCCGGGUGAAAACAGUUUGCUGUUUCUUCAGACGCGCCAUCAUUUCAUUUACCUUCUGUUUUCUCAAUUCUCCAUGCAAACUGUUGUAUUUUUCACCAUGCUGAGUUUCGUAAUGGCGCCGAAUAUUGUAUUCUUUAAGCACCGAAACUUGCUGCUGGCACACCCGGCACACGGGUUUCCCAUUCACCUCCGUGAACAUAUAAGAACAUGUCCAUUUUUCUUGAAAAGUCCGAAACUCUGUGUCUACUUUUCUCCUUUUUGACAAAGACAUUUUGCUGAUGAGGGUGCGAGGCAAACGGAAAAGUAGAUAAUGCAAUUGUCGCCAAUAGACGCUGUACAGACGUUCAAUUUUACCAGGUCAAGGUGGUCCUAGUUCCGCCGCAGUGUUGCUUUCAUGUUGUCUGCACGUACUAAAACACUGCACCCCCUAGCGGAUAAUACAAGAACUACAAAUUUUAAAGAAAAUUCAUAUUUUUUUUUUAUACAAUGCAGCUUUCUUCCCCGGGCCGUACCAAACCACCAGACGGGCCGUAUGUUUGACACCCCUGCUCGAGAGGAUUUUCAUGGCGGGAGUUACAAAAAGCCAUAUAUGUCAAAAUCAUGUUUUGUGGUGGGGGGAAAAAAUAGGCAUGGGUCCAUGUCGGCUGCCGUUUUUUCAUGAAUAACAUACUGAAAAUCAUGCAUUUAAUGUAUUGUAAUUGUUCUACUUCUGUUCUGGCCAUCUUAAUGGCGCACUAGUGUCAGCAACUGAUGAUUGUCUUUCCGCUGCAAGGAAAUUGGUGUGAACUGUUGGUUGUUGCGAGGUCCACUGGUACCACCGCUGUAUGCAAAGUGAAGUCAAGGACAGGUGACACCUUGGCACUGGGUGGUGCCAUCCUGAAUCAAAUUCUGUUUCGGGACCCAUAAAUGCUUGAGGACGCUGAGACUUGUGCAAAACGACGGUUUUCCCUCCCACUUUGAACCCUAAUCUUCUUACACUCCCGAUCGGUCGCCGUGUCUUGGGGGUUGUGGACUAGACGUCGGAUGAAACGGGAUUCUUGCCGGAAUUGAAAGUCAGUUUUCAGUGAUCCAUGAUGAGGGAUGAUGGUGGCGUUGAUGUUUCUGUGCUGUAUGCCGCGCACAAGGCUUCAUCAAGUGGACUGAAACGUGUUGAGAACUUGUUCCGUUCUGCGUCAAGACCAAUCGGAUCCUUACGUGAUUGAAAGUAUUCAAUGUGUGUGCGCUUCUGUGUUUCCUUGUCAACUACACACUUUGAAUAAAUAACUGCACACUUCA